GACUUUGGUCUGUGUGGAAAUCUGGACACAUCCCUAAACUUCGUUGCCGAUGACCAGUGGAGGAGAAUUCGCAAUGCCUUUUCUCCCACUUUCACCAGUGGGAGGCUGAAGGAGAUGAUGCCCAUCAUCAACCAUUACAAUGAAAUCUUGGAGAAGAACAUUCAGAAGAAAGUGGAGAAUGAUGAAAUCACAGAUGUAGAGGUGAUCUUCUCAGGCUACAGCUUAGAUGUGGCAACUAGCAUCGCAUUCAGUGUCAACAUUGAUUCCGUCAACCAUCCCAACGAUCUUGUGGUUGUGCACAUGAAGAAUUUCCUCAGAUUUAAGUUCUUCAACCCUGUUUUAAUCUUGGCUGGUAAGAUGUCUUUGUAAGGCC